UGUGUUGACAUCUCCCAUCUCAUUUCCCUCCAGUUUUCCUCUCUGAAAUGGAGCUGUCUUUGCAGGUCUCCGCUUCAAAUGUAUCCCAAUUGUUCCACAACACCAGCAUGCCACUAAAUGCCACUGGGAAUUACACCAAUGACCAGUUCACUGAAGCCAACCUCUUUGAAAUCCUGGGUCUAAAACGAUCGCCCUUCUUCCUCCCUGUGACCAGUGUUUACAUUGUCAUCUUCCUCACCGGCUUGUCUGGAAAUCUGCUCACAUGUGCAGUGAUAGCAAAGCACAAGAAGAUGCGAAACCCCACCAACCUCUAUCUGGUGAGCCUGGCUGUGUCGGACCUUCUGGUGCUUUUGUUCGGGAUGCCCCUGGAGAUUUAUGACCUGUGGCAGAACUACCCAUUCCCCUUUGGCGAGUGCGGCUGCUACUUCAAGACCUUCCUCUUUGAGACAGUCUGCUUUGCCUCAAUCCUCAAUGUCACAGCUCUGAGCGUAGAGAGGUAUAUAGCCGUGUUGCACCCGCUUAAAACACGGUAUCUGUCAACUAACCAGCACGCCAAGCGGGUCAUCAGCAUCGUAUGGGUGGUGUCGAUGAUCUGUGCCAUCCCUAACACAUCACUGCACGGGAUCUUCUACCUGCCAGAGAGGAUGGAGGAGUCGGCCAUAUGCACUGUGCUAAAACCCCUGUGGAUCUAUAACAUGGUCAUGCAGAUUACCACAGUGUGCUUCUAUUUUGUGCCCAUGAUGGUGAUUAGUGUGCUGUACCUGGUGAUGGGUCUUCAUUUGGGCAGAGAAAGGCGGCAGCCCAGCGGGAACUUUGGAAAAUACUGGAACACUCGAAGGAAGAUCAGUGUGAACGGGCGAAGGAGGCAGGUCAACAAGAUGCUCUCAAUCGUGGUGGCAGUGUUUGGAGUCUGCUGGGCGCCCUUCCACAUUGAGCGGCUCCUGUGGAGUUCCAUCAGCCAGUGGACCGAUUUGAUGCACAACAUUUAUCAGUACGUCCACAUCCUGUCGGGCAUCUUCUUCUACCUCAGCUCAGCAGUCAAUCCUAUCAUCUAUAGUCUGCUCUCCACAAGGUUCAGGGAGUGUUUCCGAGAACUUGUGUGCUCCCAGGCAGAGGAUAAUAGCUCUGUCAGAGACUCACCGCCAUUUCCUAAGACUUUACAGGAUCCCUCUGUCUCAAGCCCCAGAGCUCAGGCUGAGGGUAAGGACUCUAGCACUUUCAUCCCUUUACUGUCUCCUAACAUGACACCUAGCAUGGACACAAAGAUCCUCACAUGUGCAUGUAAAGAGACGACCUGCAAGACUUCUGUAUUCUAACUGAGAGAUUUAAUUUGAAUAAGCUAACAAGCAGAUUAAACAAGCAGUUUGACAUUUUGGGAAAUGUUCUUAUUCGCCUUGUUGAUGAAAGUUUGAUGAGAAGAUCGCCAGGAGGUGGUUAGCUUAGCUUAGCAUUACUACUCCAGCAAGACUGGAAAAAGGGGAAAACAGCAAGCCUAGCUUUGUCUAAAGGUCCAAAAUCAACCUACCAGCACCGUUAAAUCACACAAAUGAACACAUUACAUCUCAUUUGUUUAAUCUGUAAAAAAACAAGUGUUUUCGACAUUUGACAUUUAUCAGCCUAUUUCCCAAAAUGAAAAAGUUGUUCCUUUAAACUUAUUACAUGUCAUUAAAAAGCUUGUAUGUAAACUUUUUGGAUUUGGUUUGACUUGUUUGUUACUAUGGAUAACAUUGUUCAACAGUGCCUGCAUUUUCCACCUGCUGUCUUACUAUUUAACUGCUGUAUGCCUUAGAGGGUGAAUCUAGAGAGAAAGUGGGACAAUGUGAUCAGAAGGAUAAUGUCUUAUACUUGAUUAUUUUUGUCGUUAUUUGGAAAAUUGAUGUGUUGCUGGGCAGCAAAAUCCUGGUAAAAUGUUCUCUGUGUUUCUGUGAAACUUGUAAAAAUAACAGAAUGUAAUGCUUUACUGUGAGCUUUUCCUAAUCUUGUUUUGACUGAUACUGCAUGGCCAGCAAUCAUGUACAUGAUUUGAGUGAUUGAAAAGCUCUUGUUUGCUGUGGUUGCAAAGAUGAAAACUGAUUAUGGCUAUUGUGCAAUGCCUAAUUGAGAAGCUACAAAAUAAAUGUUGAAGC